AUGAACCGGUCCGGCCUUUUCUCGCCGGUCCUGAUCUCGCUGCCGGCCCUGAUCGUACUGGUGCUGUUGGCCCUGACCACCACCCCGACGGCCGUGCACGGCUUCGGCUUGAGCUGCACGGCCAACAGCACGGGCGCGUGGGACGUGGCUGCCACCUGGAUCAACUGCAACGACACCUACCCGGGCGAGGGCGACCAAGUAAACAUCGCCGGGUCUGAGGUCCAGGUCACCAUCCGGGCGGGCCUCAGCGUCAACGUGCAGUCCAUCUCGAUCAACUCCUAUGGCGGUCUCAUCAACAAAGGCGAUUUGCGUGCGGUUUGGCUCGACGUAAACGAUGGCGCCGUGCGUUCGACCGGCUCGCUCCAGUUGGUGGACACCGACGAAAGCGCUGCCUAUCUGAGGACCUCCUAUGCGAUUGUCGAGCUCUCGCGCGACCUCACCAUCGCCGGACUCGACGAAGCCUUUAUGCAAUUGGGCAACACCAAGGCCACGUUUGGCGGGUCGAUCAAUGUCACCGCGGGCCAGUACGCCCAGGCCUACGCGGCUGUGCUUUCCAACUCGCGCGUGAGCGUGGCGGGCGACGUCACCGUGCUCGGCGGUUGCUACGAUUACAACAAGAAGCGUGAGACCAACAACGAGAAUGACGACUCCGUCGUGGAGGGAGGCGAGAAGCAGAAGAAGAAGAAGCGUGGCUUCAGCCUUGAUGGCUCUGGCCUGGCUGUGGACUACGACUCCUUCCUCCAGGUGGGCGGUGAUGUGGAGCUCACCACGCGCGACUUCACCGACAACUCGACCACCGGCUCGACGCGCGAGGUGAGCCUCUACUUUGACGGCGGCGACGUGGUCAUCGGCGGCGAUCUGCUGGUCCAGUCGGGCGACAGCCUCCUCGCGGACACCGGCGACGCGUCCAUUUCCACCGGCGACAAUCUGUUCGACUUGGUUGAGAAUGGGUGGACCCCCUCCGAGUAUGACACGGGCUCACUCAUCGUUGGCGGCUCGGUGACGGUCAAGUCCGGCUCGGUGAGCGGCCUGCGCAAUGAGAGCAACCAAUACGGCUACAGGGCCGGCGAGGCCUGGAUCAACCUGGUCAAGGGCUUCUUGCUGGCCAACGGCUCGCAGUCGACCAUCACCGUGCAGAGCGGCAACACCGGACCCAGCACCUAUUACGGACAGAGCGGUGAGGAUGCCUACGUGCAGCUGGGCUUCGGCAGCCAGUUGGCCGCCACCAAGGAUCUCAUCGUGCAGGCCGGUCACGGCGGCGACGCUGGCCUUGGCCAGACGGCUGGUGAGGCAGGCAGCUCGUCGCUCAUUGUCGCCUAUGGCGGCGACGUGUUGGUCGGCGGCAAUUUGCACAUCGUGGGGGGCAACGGCGGUAACAACUCCAUGGACGCCACCGAGAGUAGCGUCGCUGGCGAAGGAGGCCAAGCGAAUGUGAUGAUGAUGAGCGGAGGCAGCAUCAACGUGGCCGCCGACCUGCUCGUGGCCCCCGGUUCGGCCGGCCAAGCCGCGGUUGGCGCGAGCGCCUAUACCGGUAGCUUUUAUCUGGGUCCUGCCAUGGGCGGCGGUGGUGCCUGCAAGGAGCGGGGUUGCAUCUUGGCUCGCAACGACAACAAGAGGGGUGUCUCCUCCGACUUCGUGAGCACUGGCGACAUGAACGCGCCACUGGUCAACGAUGGCUGGCGUCCGAACAUGGGCGGUCUGGUGGUGGAGAACGUGUGGGAGGGCGAGAUCAUCAUCGGCGGCGACCUCCGCGUCACCGGUUGCAACGCCGGCAGCAGCGUUGAAGGUAGCGGCGGACAGAGCGCCGUCGUGUCUAUCGUUUCAGUGAGCGGCGGCGUGACGCUCGAUGUCUACGGGUCGGUCGUGAUCGAGGGCGGCAACGGCGGUUCGGUCGUCGGCGGCGGUUCAAAUGGCGGUGACGCCGGGUCGGCCAUGUUCGAAGUCAGUGAGCACAGCCUCGUGAACGUUGGUGGCUCGGUGACCGUCACUGGCGGCGCUGGUGGCGACGUGAUCAAUGGCACCGGCAGCGGCGGCAGCAUCUACGAGAGCUCCCAACUGGCCGUGUGGGCCCGAGCGCACGUGGUGGUGGGCGACGGCAAGGGCGCCAUCACCAUCAUCGGCGGCCGCGGAGGCAACGUCUAUGCAGAGAACACUCCGAACUCGAUGGGCUAUGGCGGCUCGCCCAGCUCCGUCUACCUUGGCCUCUAUGACUCGUCUUCGGUCACGGCGGGCGACGUGCGCCUGGUGGGCUCGUCGAUGGGUAACGCCACGGUCAAUGGCAGCGCGCCUGUGCCGCCGCCACCGGCGCCUGUGCCAAUUAGAGCUGAACCGGCGCAAGUCGCGCGCGAAGCGGCCGAGUCAACACCCUCUGGAAGGCACGCAACGAAGUCCGCCGCCCACCACAAGACGACGGAGCGGGAGAAGAGGGGAAAGGGAUUCAACAGCAACCCCGAACUGGAGGUGGAUACUCGGUCGUGGGCAAUCAUCAACGGCGACCUCGAGCUGCUUCCUGGCUCUCCGUUUUUCCACAAUUUGAAUUCGCCUGAGGCAAUCUCGAUGUCAAUCAUCAGCGCGGACGAUCUGUCCACCAUCACGGUCAACGGCGACGUUACCGUCAGGGGCGCCGCUGGCGCCCAUGUGUCUUCCUCCAGCCCCUAUACCCUGUUCGGUGGUAUAGCGCUGGUCGAGCUGUCCGACGGCGCGGUGCUUCAGGCCCGGGGCGACAUGUUGCUUCAGGGCGGCGAUGCCGGCCACGACUUUGCCAACGCGUCCAUCACCGGCUUCAAGGGCGCGACCGCGUUCGAGCUUAACAACGGCGCGCACUUCCACCAGUCUGGCCUGGUGCGCCUCAUCGACGGCCAGGGCCUGGAGCUUCCCUGGAGCCCGGGAGAGGGGCCGUUCCCCAUCGGCGUUUCGGUCUACCAGGGGUCCGAGUGGACGGUGUACCCGUGCGCCGGCGCUGGGCUCGAGGCGUCUGGCAACAGCACCUACUUCCAGGUGCGCGAACUGUCGACGUUCAGGGACUGCCGCGGGUCAGGCGCCAAGCAGCACUACCCGGAGCCGCUGACCGACGGCUCGGCCGAUGGGUCGUGCUCGCCCUGCACCUGCACCGCGGCGCCUUUCAACGCGUGCCCGGAGGAGGCCGCCGCGGGGAGCGUGCACAACAACAACUUCGUCGUGGCUUGCCUGCAUGCCCUUGCCGCCCUCCUCCUGUAA